ACCAAGCAAUGUCAUGAUGUCAUCAUCGCUAGGAAGAAAGCGUUCGUCGAAACCGUCACUAGUUCUCAGUUGAAUUGGGCUGAAAUGUCAUUUUAUUUGUUGCACAAGCCAGGGUUCCAUCUGUUCUUUGAAGAAUGUGAAGGUUGGCUUGGCGAUUAGACUUCAGAAGGCCAAAGUACUCAAAGGAUGAAGAAGAUGUGAAGGGGACUGUCAUGACUUGAUCAGCUACUAGAACAUGUUGUGACCAACACUAAAGAAUCCAGCAUGAAGCGUUUCAUCUGUACAGACAGUCUAUUGAUGCUACCAAUUUCUGGAGCUUUCCUGACAUUGUUAGGAAUCCUUCUCAUUAUUCUGUACAUCGUUGCUAGGGGACUAACUGCUUCCCUGUACUAUGUGGAGGGUGUUCUUCCUACCUACGUUGUUGCAAUUUUGCUGAUUGUUUCUGGUGCUGCAAUGAUAAUUCUUCUCAAGAAGAAGCCCAAUUUUCUGAUCUACUUGGCUGUAGCAUUCAGCUGUGUAGCAUUCUGUCUGUGUACCCUUCAGGCUGUCUCCGUUGGUAUUGUGUCCAUACCAUUUCUUGGUAGCUUCAGUGCAUGUGUUUACCACAACUCUCUAUCUGAAUGUCAGUGUUACAUAUUGUCAGCUAAGGAGAACAACACAGGGAUUAUAGUGCCUGGAGCUGACACAGAAAAAGUGACCUUCCAAGCUGUACGAAGUUGUGCCGUCAUUGAACAUAACAUGAUUGACUGCCUGUACAUUUUGUGUAUUAUCUACGGCUUUGCUGGUAUAGCUAGCUUGGUUACUGGCUCACUGUCAUUCAUGCUGCUAUGUUCACAGAGGCGGGCUACCAAAGAAAUGCAUGCUCUUCAAGAGGCUGAACUUUCCAGAAAUAGAGGAACCAUGUCCUUGACUGAGGCACUGCACACUAGUGAUCCCAACAGGGAGACUAGAAAUCAGCCCAACACUGAGUUAUCCAAUGCCACAACAGUUGGUGCCACUGCCACCAGUGAUAGAACAGCUCCAGGUCGAAGGGCAACCAUAGGUCACCAUGAUGUCAGAAAUCACAGACCUUGUAUUGUUCAAAGGUCAUCGAGUACCAGUGCAGCACAUGGCAGGCAAGGGAGACAUAAUUCUGGUGAUGGAACAGUUCGAAGGGUAGCUGUCCCACAGCAUUCUAACCAACCACACAGACAAGGCAGACCUCCUACACUUGUUCGAGGAGGUUAUCUACAGAUUCAUGUCAAUGGUCCAUCUAUACCAGUCUACAUCAUUCCAGGUAGUAGUAAUGAAGCCUUCAUUGCAUUGACUGACCUGCCGUCACUUCAGCUACCCUCAUUGGACUCUGUUCCAGCCUAUGUCUCUGAAAUUGAAGACUUGUAUCCCACUGAUCAGCCCCCUCCAUACAGUCCAACCCCCAAUGAAUAUCACCCUCCCACAUUCUCUGUAAUCAUGGAGUCAUCAUCUACCCCUUCUUCUGGAAAUAGAAGUGGCCAACCUCAGAGACUUGUUCUGCUCCAGGAAGAAAGUGCUGACCAACAAAGGGAAGAACAGACUGAGACAGAAAAUGGAAUUCCAACUGAACCUGCUGAACCUAAUGCGACACCUGCUAAUAGCACCAAUGAAUCUAGUGUUAAUGAAACUAAUUUGGAAUCAUCAAAUCAAGACCAAUUGCAAGUCACCCAGUCAUCUUCAGGAUUGACACCUUCAGGAUUGAUAUCAUCAUCACAGUCAUCUGCAGGUAAUUCAGAACAGCCGGCAGAUCCAUGCCUUUCAAUAGGAGUUGAUGUUGCCUUGUUUCAUAAUGACUCUGAUCAGUCAAGGGAAGUAUCUGAAGAACGUGCAGAACCUCCCACUGCUGUAGUCAGCAAUACUGAAAUAAAUCAUCCCGGAAGUGCCCAAAGUAGUCCACCCCAGGAAAGGCCAACCCUUCUUGAAGUGAGUGAAAGAUUGCCAGCCUCAUCUCUAGUUCAAGGUGCUCGUCCAAAGCAACGACAAAGUCAGCAUGGUCUGGGAGAGGAAGCUUACUUAGCACACACAAGGAGCUCUUCACCAUCUAGAAGUUCCCAACCAUUAAGGAAUCCCUCACCAAAGAGAGGGUCUUCACCAAGUAGAAGGUCUGCCUCUCCUAGCAGAAGACAUGCUGCUGUGAAUGAGAUCCCCUCCAGGCAGUCAGCCAGUAACACAAGAGAGAUGACAAGAGCUAGAUCAAACUCCAGAGGCAGACAGAGACAGCUUCCAGACAUUCUUCCUAGGACUGAUUAUCAUCUGCAGGACACUGAAUUCAGAAGUACAUCAGGACCCCAACCAAGUGACAGUUCAUCCAACAGAUCUAAAGUCAACCAUAAGAAGCAUCACCGGCAGAAGUUGCACAGGAUUAGGCAAGACCAGGAAUCUCAGCCCUCUUCCCAUAAGGAAACAACUUCACAAAAACCACCCCAAAAUCCAGACAAACGAGAGUCUCAGACAGGCUUGAGGUCCAAAACCAGAGACAAACAAACCCAACACAGCAGUGAUUCAAAGAAGACUACCUUUAUGAAAGUUCACAAACAUCACAGCAAUUCUGCAAGGCCUAAAUCAGGAAAUAUCAAGAUUGAAAUGAACAUACCAGCCAACCCAAGCUGCUCUAGCACGGAAAGUUUGACCAAUAUCUUGACAUUGGUGGAAUCAGUACAUUCAUCAGUGAAGGCAAAGCCGAAGAAACCGAGACAUCCUAGUAAUGAAGAGAAAGUCAACCUAGUAGACAGUAGGGUGUAAAUAAUAGAUACUGUGUGUUUGGUCUGGAUGGCAUAUAUGGCCUAUUAAGGACUUUCCUCUGCAGUGAUUUCAAGUUGUAUGGAAUCUGCUUACAUGUGAACUCACCAAGUUUUAUUUAUUCAAACUGAAUCAUGCCCAACAGUAAUCAGGGGAGUUUGCAUUGGCCAUAAUUCCCUUUUAUUGGAUUUUUCGAAUUUUACUCGGAUGUGUGAAAAUUCAUCUUUUUUUAAGCUAAUUUCAGCCUUUUUUUGUUUACAUGUGGAUGUUGGCCCUCAGUUUCAGCUUUUCUCGGCACCUGCUGUGUACCAACGUAUGGGGACUUUUUACAUUUCAGCUUUUUGCUCGCUGUUUUCAGCAAUUUUAAGUGGCCACUCACACCCCUGUUUACUGCAAGGCAGCAUCAAGGGUGUUGCUAGGUGUGCAGGGGGUCUUCUCCCUGAAAAACAAAAGCAUGAAAAAGAAACAAAAAAGAUACAAGUGAAGUGAGAAAAAAAAGAUAAAAGGGCAAUCAAAAUCACCAGUUAGCUUGAAAAACCUUGAAAUGGACCCCCUUUUAUUGUUGACAGUUUAUCAGUUCAUUGUCGAAAAGUGGUUUGCCCUCUCUCCCAGAAAUCUCCCCCACCUGGUAAAAAGUACUUUCUCUGAACCUAGAGUGCAUCCUGGCAACACCCAUGGCUACAGUUGUGAAAUUCAAAUAUUUAUCGAUUUAAGGCUCCAUUCUUACCUUAACAGUCCCCAAUUCUUUACCUCUUGGAGGAUUGUGGACUCUUUGAGGUAGUAAACUAAUAUGCCUUUAUUGUACAUUUUGUCUUGCUUGCCAUUCAGAACCCUGACAGUUAUGACUUUAGAGGCUAUUUAGCGAUGUACAUGUACCAGUAAGUAAUCUGUGCUUGGUAUAAUUAAUUACAGACAUGUUGGCUGUCACAAGCCUGGUUCCCCCUACCCUCUGACAUGCAAUGUGUGCACGGUAAAUUAUGCAGUACACUCAAGCAGAUAAUUUGACUUCAAAAUUCAAUGGAAACUAAUUUAUUUACAAAUAUACAAACCACAAAAACAAUUGAAUGAAGGGGGAGCAAAAUACAGAUCAACAGUUUAAAAAAAAUGGGUUUCAUAGAAACUAGAAGGCUGGUGGGCUGGUUAAUAGUUACCACUGGCCCAAAUUCGGACAGUUCAAAAAGAGAGUUGGUCAAUUGUCCGAUGCGCCGCUUUUACAUGACUCUCAGCCGAUCCUCAGCGAGGAUGAUGCAGGUGAGUCGGGGCUGGACUAAGUAGUCCAACAGGCAGGUAGGUAGCCGUGUCCCCCUGCGGCAGACUCGCUGUUCCUUUCCAGCCAAUGCAGGACCUGGCUUGAUUGUGUUUCGGUACUCAAUGAGGUCCAAUUACAGGAGCUCCGACUCCGUAAUAAGGAGCCCUGAAAUAAUGAAUAAUCAUACCCAUGUUUGCUAAUACACAUGUACAUCUUAUGGCAAACAUUUGUGCACCAUUUGACCAUAUUACUAAUUUUCCAUACCCGAAAGGAGAAACUUCAUAAUUGAAACGGUCACUAAACAUUGGCUUUUGAACUCCCCAUUGUCACAGAUAUAUAAAGUAAUAGCACUUACAUAUACCAGACGGAACAUAAUGACUAAAUAUUAGAAAAUAAUUAAAAAGAACACUUACAGUAUAUCCUGAGGUCUUACAGCACACUGCAAAUUGUCACAGCCUGUUUUUCCUCUUUAAACUUUUCUCCUGAAAAUUUGGGGCAGCAAAUCGCUCUCCCAACUUAUGGCUACCGCCAACACUGGAUUUCCAAUCCACAUUAACAAGGUUGAAAGCUUAAUAAAAUUCUGGCUUCAGAGCUAUCGCUCAAACUUGUGCUAUCGCACCACAGGCCUGUCAGUGUGUGUCACACAGAACCACACCCCAGUAUUUAAGGCUACCACUGCUGGACAACACCUCAGUGAGCAGGCACCAUAAAACACUAUUCAGGUCCCCAUGCCUGGUGUGUACCCAUGCGAGUGUGAACCAUACAGGACCGCACCUUACUUUGCAUAAAAGGGCAUAUAGGGAAAUUUGGCCAACGUGGCAACGUACAGUUUGUGUCUUUAAAUUAAUCAAACACUUGGCAUAAAAUAUCACUGACUUGUCACAAUACUCCCCUUUCAGAUAUUUUAUGGCAAAAAAAAAAUGGACUGAUGUGAUUUUUUAAAAAUUCAGUUUUGAACCCUGCAGAAAUGAGGAUGUGUGCGCAUACAUGUACAUGUACUGUUACUGUUGAUGGCAAUAAUGAUCACAUGCAAGUCCUGCAGUGGGUUUCAUGAAACUUUGCACUAGCCAUAACCCCCGGUCUAACUUGAUUGCCUAAGUUCUGCAGCAUGCUUUGGGUCAUUUCAUAAAGGUUUGGGAUUUGCACAACAAAUGUUUGUAUCAUUUAUGCCAUUGCUUCAGAUGUGGUAGUCACGGUUGUGGCAACAGGUGAAUAUAUCCAAAAUGAAUGAUCUUAAUUAAAUGGGUUUGUUGUGAAGCUCAUCUCUUGCUUGGUUAGUCUGUAAUUGAAGAAUCAAGAUGAGUAAACUGAUUCACAGUUUUACUUGAAAUUACUAUUUUCAUAUUUCAUAGUACUUAUGAGUCCGGUCUACAGAUGUUAUGAUGCCUUCAAGUUUAAGUAAAUUUGAACAACAAAUUAAAGGAAUUUUUUCAUUUUAUUAUAUAUUUCAAGAUCCUUUUUAUUUUGUAAGAUGUAUAAAUUAACUUGAUAAUUAAAUGAGGUUUUGAUCGCUAGAAACAGUUACACAGUACUUAUGAAAAGAGCCUGAUAUAGAAACUUUGCGUGAUGUGCCUGCACAGUAAAGGGUAUUGAAUUCUUUGUAUUUAUUAUUCGGUUUCUUCGUUUGUAAGUAAGAAGUAUUUUACCUGAUUUACGUAAUCACUAAAGUUUUUUGAAUUUCUAUGAAGUUUGUAUUAUUUCAGUACAAUUCAAAAGGACAUUUAAAAGGUGGAAGUGAAGCUGCAAUGAAUUUUGCUUGGACACAAUUUUUCUGCAUCUUUGUACCUUCCUUCGAUGUAUGAAAACUCGUACACACUCCUAUUUGGUUAAAUGUAUUGAAAAGUGCACACUUUUAAGUAUCAAAAUUAUCCAUGCUUUCCCGGACAACUCAGGGCACUGUUGCUGUGAAGACAUCUAGGGAAGACAUGGAUCAGUACAUUUCUGUUCAACAUGUUGAAACUGUGAACCCAGAAUUUACUAACUUUACUAAGAGAGGGAUUGAUUAUUUCUUAUUGCUAUGCACAUAAACAACAAUUAGGCCAGGAAAGUCUGCCAAAACGCAGGACUUUUCUGUGUACAAACCAGUGUAACAUUGAGGCUUCUUCCUGACACAUCACAGUUUUGUUCAUGAAUAUGGAAAUA